AUCACCCCGUACAUCCUCUACGGGAUGGUCAACGCGAUGCUGUCCGUCAAAUCCGGGCAAGGACAACCGCUGGUGAAUCCCGGGGAUGGUCGAUGGCUCAUCGUGCAGCUGCCGUAUGGGCAAGCCCUGUCACCCACCUCUCAUGUCCCGGUACCCGCCGGGGAAUACGAGAUCAGCCUCCGUCAGCAGGGCUUGGAUUGCUACCCGCGGCCGGAGAUCCAGCAGCUCAAUUGGGACAAGGAGGACAAGACGAAACGCGAUCCUAACUUCGCAACUCUGAUCAGAAACACUUACGGGCAGUGCGUCGUCACUGGUACCCCGUACCGCGUCGACAUGCAUGCCGCGCACAUCUGUCCCGUCUCCACGAACUUUAAGAUUUGGGACUGGCUGGCGCAGUACGCCUUCCACGAAGACGUGCAGAUGACGACGCAGUUCCUGCACAGCGCGUCCAACGGCGUGCUGCUCCGCGCGGACAUCCACACCGCCUUCGACGCGUACGCGAUCACCGUCAUACAAGAUCCCAAUGAGUGGUGGUCCUGGCAGGUCCUCGCCGUAGACCCAGCCUUCGCGGGCAACACGGGUAUGCCGUUCGCGAUCAACCGCCCGGCCGACGAUGGCGACCGCAAGAGGCUGGUGUGCUCGCUCCAGAUGCAUUUCAUCUACGCCACGCAGAAGUAUGCCGGUGCCUGGUUCCCUGUAUAAUUGUGGGAGGACUCGUGCGGCGGCGCUGUGUUAACUCGACGAC